AUGCCGGACGACCUCCGCCUCGAGGCGCGCCUCUCUCGGCUCUCGCACGCCGCUCUGGUCAGCCUCGUCUGCGAGGCGUCGCGAUCCAACCACGGCGUCGCCACAACCUCAAACACCUGCCUCGCCCGCCACUCGCCGCUGCCCGACUGGGCGGUGAGGGACGUGCUGCUUGACCCGGACCUCAUCGCCUGCGUGCUCUCUCACGUCCACGGCGGCUCAGCUGCCGCCCGCGUGUGCACUGCCUGGAGGACGGCGUGGGACACGACUGACAGGCUCGUUUACGGGCUUGGCGGCGGCAGAGAAGCUGCCGGCCGGGCGUGCGGCGAGCUGCUUCGGCUGGUGAACAGAUCCUCGCGCCGACCGCAGCAACCCAUCGACGACAAUCGUACGCGCGUCGCACAGCAUCACGGCGGCAUUGAGGCGCUCGUUGCGCUCGUCCGGCCCGGCCCGACAACCGCAACCAUCACCAACCUGGCCUUGCGGGUGCUGCGGAGCCUUGCAAAGACGCCCGCGGUCCCCGAGCGCAUCAUCGAGGCGGGCGGCGUCCAAAACCUGAUCGCCGUGCUGCGGCAAGUCACCUUCUUUCCAAACGACCCGUUCGAGAGCAAGCGGCUUGCGACGCAGUUGCUGGCGGCGUGCACGUCCUUGCACCCGCCGGCUCGCACGGCCGUCUGCGAGGCUCAAGGCAUUCCGCAGCUCGCCAAGUUCGCGUUGCAGGCGCGAAGGCUCGUCGGUGAGGACACCUCCAGCGCGUGCGCGGCGGCGGCCGUCGCCGUGCUGCAGUGCGCAGCCAGCGUUCCCAGGAGCACCGAGCCGCCCGAUGACCUCUGCCUCUCCGUUUCGGUUCGCCUUGUGCAGUGCGACCCGCAGCUGCAGUUCACCGACGGCCCCUUCUCCAAGCUCAUGUGGAAGCUGCUGGCGGCCGACGCGCUGCUCGCCCUGGCCGCUCUGUCGACGCCGGACAUGGCUCCGCAGUGGAGGCGCGUGGGAGGCACGCAAGCCCUCGCAGCGCUCAGCUGCGACGAUGCGGCGUGGGUCGAUUGGAGCUCCCGCCUGAGGACCCCGAGCGGCGAGCCGAGGCCAAUCGCGGUCAAGCAGCUGGCGGACCGCGGCCUCGCAAACCUGGGCGUGCGGGCGACGCGCUCGACCCUCCGCUCUGUGCGGGUCGGGGCAUGA